UGUCUUGAUCGAGAACAAGCAAUGCAGUGGAUUAAGAAAGAAAGGCUUCCAGCAUUUCUAGAAAGUGACUGUUACUUUGAAUACAGGCUAGCUAAAUUGAUAUCACAGGUAGAAUGGAGCAAGACUGGAAUUAAUUUCAUUAUAGAUAGUGACUACUAUCCCUGGAUAAGGAAGCAAGAUGCAAGUUCUCCCCCUGCUGAGGACGACACCUCAUUGAUUAUGAAGAAGUUCUACAUAUCGCUUGGCCAGGCUACAGUUUCUCAGAACAAGCAUCCUGUAGCUUCUAGUCAAAUUCAAGAUAUUCAGUGUUUGCCUGGGCAGCAUGAAAGAGACAAUUCAUUAAGUGAAAAAGAUAGCCUUCUGGGUAAGUAACAGGCAAAAGCCAACAUUAUUAGGGAGAGAUCCAGAGCGGUUGAGGAGGGUUCUUCUGUGGCUGUUGCUGAACCUCCUUCCCACACUCAGUUAAGAGUUUGUCUAGACCCAAAAUGGGACAGUGCAGCAGCAGAAGAAAAUGGACAAGAAAGCAUGACUUUUCAGACACCAGAAGAAUUCAUACCAGCUUAUACUCAAUUUGCAAUGAAGGAACCUGUCUCAGAACUGACCCGCCAGCCAGCUGCUGACAUUGAGAGCUUGGACUCCAAGGGAGAUGUAAGAGAACGAGAUACUGAAGAAGCAAGCUUAAGAUCAAGUUCUGAAAGUGAUGGGGCAGACAGUAGGGCUGCCUGGUGUGUUAGUCACAGGACUUACGACACUGGGAACAGACAAGAUUUUGAAAGAUUCAAGAAGUUCAUUAAAGGAACACUUGGGGAGAGGUACUGGUGGCUCUGGAUGGAUAUUGAAAGACUAAAAUCUCUCAAGGACACUACAAGGCAGCAAAGGCAACUCAGUAAGAUGAAAAGACUGUAUCUGCUGAGCAGUGGAGAUUAUUUCCUCAGUUCGGAAGUGUUACUCAGACUUGAUCUACUGCAUGGAGAUCAGUGGAAUAUAAGGCAUUUGAGACGGAUUCAGCCUGAAGUAGUGAAACCUCUUCUUCUUUACUGGGGUCCCAGAUUUUGUGUCACUCAUUCAACAGCAAUAGAAACUGCCAGUGCAAAACUGAAGUUCUGGCACACAUUGCAAGAGAGACGAAAGGUGGACAUUGAUCCUUUUCCACAAAUUGUAUCAUUGCUACCAUUGACACCUAAGUCUGGCAUGCCCAGGAUACAACUUUCCCUUCCUCAGGGAAAAAGUGCUGCUGGCAGUGUUGUCUUAAGGGGAUCAAGAAUGGAAAGCAUGCUGCAGUCUCUUUAUUUGGAGAACAGAGCAGGCUACUACUUCACACACUUCUGUGAGAAGUCAGGGAAUAAGCUGUGGAAGAACAGUGCGUACUUUUGGUUUGACCUACAGGCUUAUCAUCAACUUUUCUACCAAGAAACUCUUCAUCCUUUCAAAAUAUGCAAGCAAGCUCAAUUCCUCUAUGCAACUUACAUUGCCCCAUCUGCCAGUAUGGACAUUGGACUUCAUCAGAGGAAGAAAAACAUGAUUUAUCAGAAAAUUGACCCAGCUUUUGAGGAUCUUUUUGACCCAGCAGAAGAAUAUAUUCUCACUGUUCUGCUAGAACCGUGGAUGAAGAUGGUGGAAGCAGACAAAUACACUUACGGAAAGGUGGAGUUGGUGGAAGAAACUCGACAGCUGGACUCCGUGUACUUUAGAAAGCUCCAGGCUUUGCAUCAAGAGAGUGGUUCCAAGAAGGAUGAGAGUACUGUUGGUGACACUGGUCUGCCAUCCUGCCCUGCUGCUCUGAAAGAAGAUCGGCACUUGCGUCAAGUUCCCAAACAAUUGGCAGUUCCUGACCUGAUCCACGACAAAGAGAAGUUAGAACGGUUCUGGGCUUUUCUUCAUGAGCAUUCUGCGGGCAUGGAUCUCAUGUGCUGGCUAGAUAUUGAACAGUUCAGAAAGAUGCUCCCCAAGGAUAAAGAAAAAAGGGAGGAAAAAUGUAAGGACAUUAAAUACAAGUACUUAAACAAAAAGUACUUCUUUGGACCCAACAGCCCAGCUACCAGAGAACAACAAGAACAGCUAAUGCAUCCAGGUGGAGGACGGGGACAAAUCCUUCAUGAUCGGCUUUCGGCAGCAGUCCUGCUAAAAAUUCAGCAAUGCGUCCAGAAGAGAUUAGAAAAACAAUGGCUGCCAUUGUUCCUGGCAGAUGAGCACCGUGGGUCAGAGGGACGAGCAAAGAUGAGUGACAUAACUGAAGAUCUUUCACGCCAAAAACAGAAGAGGACCAGGAUGUGGAAGCAUGUGGACAAUAAGUGGGUUUCUUCAUCCAGGGAAAAAAUUGCUUUCCGCAAAGCGCUGUUGAAUCCAGUAACAGCAAAGCAGUUUCAACGCUUUGUGUCACUGAAAGGAGACCUACUGGAGAACGGAGUGCUCUUUUGGCAAGAGGUACAGAAGUAUAAGGAUUUAUGCCAUUCUCAUUGUGAUGAUGCUACAGUCCAGAAAAAGAUCACGGCUAUUAUUGACUGCUUUAUUAGUUCUGCCGUACCCCCAGCUUUGCAGAUUGACAUCCCAGCUGAACAAGCAAAGAAGAUUCUGGAGCAUAGGAAGGAAUUAGGACCUUACAUUUUCAGAGAAGCACAGAUGACUAUUUUUGCUCUUCUGUUUAAAUUUUGGCCAAAAUUCUGUAAGUUUCGAAGAAAUUUGGCUAGUGAUAAAAUUCUACUUGCCUUGGAGAAAAAAAAGGGGAAAAAGAUGCAAAAGAAGGAAGGCAAAACAGCAGAGGGUAAGGAAGUGGAUACAAAACUCAUCAGUCUGUCAAGCGGUGCUUUGGUAGAUGAGAUUGGUGUGGAGAGAGGACCAGCAUCAUUUUCAAAUGGAUAUGGGUGGCAGACUUCCUGGUCCUAUUCCAAGUACAUAGAAGCCUUGGAGCUGGAGAGAAUACUCCUUAAAAUGCAAGAAGAUCUGGAGGAAAACUCAUCAUCAUCCCUUACAGGUACCUCAUCUAUGUCCUUCCCAAAGUCUGGAAACUCUGAAAAAUCCUCCAUUUCUCCAAAGGGUAGAGUGACUUUGGAGAAACACUCAAAUCUUCCCAAGAAACAGAAA